AUGUCAAGUGCUCCUUCUUCCCUAAACAGUCGCAUUCUAAUUCAGAAGGAUGGUUCCAAACUUGCUACUACUCCACGCCCGAGCGAUCUCUCCAGAGCAUGUACUUGGAACUUGUCUCAUUGGGCGAGGAUUGGAGGGAGCCCGCUACGUAUUACAAACUACGCGAGCUGUGGGGAACCGUGGUCUACCGGUAUUGCUUCCAUGUUCGAAAACAAGUUCAGCAUGCAUGCUUCGUUUGGGCUGUGGCUAGAACUCUUCCUGGAUGAGCUUCUUUGGUCUCGCGAUAGUCAAACGGAAGGAGAAACAGUCCGACAUGACCUCGCACAUUCGUGGGAUUGGGCCAGUUUGAAAGGCCUCUCAAUUGCUGGCGCAAGCACGUUAUAUUCCAGUGAAACGGGCGAGGAGCGUCAUCUCAUCGACUCAUUUUCUGCAACAAUGGUAUCUAUGCCUCGGACCACGGGGUUCACACCUCUGAAUCCCAUUCUUGGCCAUGAGAUAAGCAACAGCUUCCGUCUCCACGGGUGCUUGAUGCGCUAUGUCCAUCGUGUCGCCAAAUUACGAUCUGGUGAAGGAACCAUUGAUUGCCUUGAUCCUGUAAACUGCGGCCCAGACACCCGACGAGAUGUAAGGCAAUACUACCCCGACACUAAAGAUGAGAAGGGGUUUUUCUGCUUUUUGGUGAGGCGAGAACAUCGGAGACGCCGAACUACUAGUGUGACAGAGCCGAUGGGUAGUGACACGUUGUGGGAUCAUUACUUGGUUCUGUCACCAUUGGAGGGAUCACAGAAUCGAUUUGGGACUGGCACUUAUACAGAAAUCUUUGAUGUUGCCCAAACCACAAAGGAUGCAGCAGAUACAAGGCUGGACUCGAUACGCACUUACAUCUUCACAGGCCCGUUGGACUCGCAAGAGAUUGAAGUUUGCUGAGCGAAGGAAGGGAUUGGCUGUGAAGGGGGGGGGGGGGGG